AUGAGCGCGGCUUCAUCCUUCCCGCAUUUCAUCGACGGCGAUGUGAGAAUCCAUAUCCAGCCGGAUGUCUACCAACUCCACUCUGUCGUGCUUGCUGGCUACUCCAGAGUCCUGGGAGAACUGGUGGCCCCGUUCUAUGCCUUGGAUCCCUUGCCCUAUCUGCAGGGACUCAAUCACCUCGGCAUGCGCGAGAUCAAUCUAGUCGGCGCGGUUGGUCGCAAGAAUGGCAUCUUUCAAAUCCAGGAACCAAGACAAAUUGAUCCAGAUACCUUGGAGUUCACAACCAUAAGUGGCGUCUUUCCCAUCUGGCCUGAAGAGACCCGUCGGUGCUGGAACAACCUCUUCAAGAUAUUCUACCGGCUGAAGCCCAACCUUCGCGAUCUUUAUGGCCUUCCCAUUCUGCUAGACCGUGGUCUGGAGCUGAUCGGAUUGGCAGAAGAGAUUGAUGCGACGGAUGAUGUUUUCCACGCCAUUGAUAGUGCGCUCGUGGGGUUCGACCAGGAACUGUAUCACCGCAUCUCCACGGACCCGGUCGCCUGGGUCAAUCUGGCAGUGAGGAUCCAUUCGGGGACGAUCUUCCAGGAGGCCAUCAUCCACUUGGUGGGAAGAUGGAACUCUCUUACUGAAUGCGGCUUCAGAGCUCUGCCCGAGAGUGUUCGUCGUGUGUGCAUCGAGAAGCACGCCGAGCUGGACCUCAAGAAGACGGCCACGGAAAAGCAGCUCCUGAAGUACCAUCCUGCCCCCGUAGCUCCGCACGCCGUCAUCCACGAGACCAACCACCCCGAGGACCGAGACGCUCAUCUGUGGAUGGCUGUCGCCGUCUACCGCCAGUGGAUCGGCCAGUGCAUGGCAGACGGCCAGAACCACCAAGCCCUCGACGGCGGCACCUCCUUCUACCGCACGAUCAGCGAAGGAGGAAAUGCGUACUUGUGGGCCAUUGACCGGACCUCGCUCGUCUUGCUUCCCCCACUCGGCGAAGCCGAGAUCCAGACCGUCCAAGCGAAACUGUCCGAGGUGAAGAACGACGCCAAGCGCAUUGUCGCCCCUCUGUUGCUCAACCGCAGCCAGUACGACCCGACUAUCUGGGGCGAACUUCCCUACCUGACCUGCUGCGAGUUCCGCGACGUUGAUAUCCCCUGG